AUGUCAUCACACCAGGCGCUCCAGGGGCACCUGUGGGGUGGCUUCUUUACGGGAGCAACCACACCACGGCGGAAGAGGAGGAAGGUUACUCCGGCUACCCCGCGGCUGCCCAUAAAUCUGCCAGCCGCUGUGCAGACACCUUUGCAACCACCCCCGCGAUUCGAGUUCCCACCUUCUGUCCAUCGCCACUUGCCCCAAGCAAUUGCAGACAUGGUUAGCGAGAGCUCCGGCGAUGAAGACGGGCAGCAGCAGCAGCAACAGCAGCGAGGGCUUUCGCCCGUGGACAGGGGUCUGCAGCGCCCACCGAACCUCCCCGCGCCCAUCCCUUUCCGUUUUCCCAGCACACCGGGUGGAUCCCUGGUGUAUGAACCCCCGCCACCACCACCAGCUCAACGACCCCGCCCGCAAACACAUGCCAGCACCAAGGUUUCGCUUCACCGAAUCAUCCAAAAUCACAAUCAAGUCCAAAGGGAGCGCCUGACAACGUUCAUCGCCGAUGUUCACGUCCUUGCGCGCCACACCACCUUCUUUAUCAAGUACUACCUUGCUGACCAUCCUCUACACGAUUUCCCGGACAUCACCGACAAGCACAUCAGUGUGAUGUUUGAGCUGCUCAACAAUCCAGGCUACAAUGGCAAUCCGCUCAUCGCGCAAGAGUUGCGUCCAUGGGUUCAAGACUACUGUAAUGUUCACGGAUUUGCCCCCAUCCGCAUGCGAAAUUGCCAACAGACCGCAGCGUACACGGCUACGAGCAUCCUCACAAACCUCAAAGUUAACGUACAAGAGCAUUUCAUGCAAAUGUUUCUGCGCUACGUCAAUGAGAGGCUUGGUUUGAAGCAAGUCGAACGGCAUCUCCGGAGAGCGCAGCGGCGACACUAUUAUCGUCGUGUCUGUCAAUUUACAAAGUACGCGACGUUUGAAGAGUACCCAACCGAAGAGGAGCUUGCACGCCUCACACGACUUGAGCAGACCGUCCUCGACGAGUUAUGGGCUCUUUUUCCUCCCCAGGAUGAGCCGCUUGCGUACAGCCUUGCGGUGGACGCAAUGCCAUAUUUAGGCACUCAUAUCCUGGGCUUGAGCCAAAGUCGCAUGGGGAAACUUACCGAUGAACGCAAGCGGGAGCUGUGGGGGCAGUUUCUCAAUGUGAAUGUCUUCAAGGAUCGAAAGAAGCUUGGUCUCAAAUUUGAUGGGUCAAUCAGCACAAACGGGUAUUCCGCUACCACCCACUUCAAGAAGCCAGGGCUCAAGUACGGCCAUCGCGCUCGGAAGCGCAGCAAAGCCCAAAUGCAGGAAGAAGUCAAGCAGCUGUAUUUUGAGCACCACAUCGCCGAACUAAGGGAGGCUCCAAACAUCGUCUGCAUUGAUCCGGGCAAGCGUGACCUCUUGUUCUGUCGAGACAUCAAGAAGGAGCGGCCAUUUCGAUACACAUCCAAUCAACGGGCGGUCGAGACAAAGUCUCGGUACUUUCAAAGAGACAUGAGAGAGCGAAAGAUCAAUGCCGGCAUCGCUGAGAUGGAAUCACAUAUUCCAUCGCACAAGAGCAUGAACAUCGAGGCGUUCUCAGCGUUCAUCGUGGAUUACGAACAUGCGGAUCCCGCCCUGGAUGAGUUUUACCAGGAUAAGGUUCACAUAGCUCGCAGAUUCAAGGCGUUCUCACUGCGGCAAAAGUCUGAGAGCAAGCUCAUCAAGGACAUGCGCCGCCUGUAUGGAAAGCAUUUUUCGGUCAUCUUGGGUGAUUGGAGCGACGCUGGAAAAACCAUGCGCUUUCAGGAGUCAUCAAAGACCAAAGGAUUCCGCACACUCUUUGCAAGAAACAGCAUUCCAUGCUACUUGCUAGAUGAGUAUCGAACGUCCUCCCUGUGCCCAGACUGCCACGGGCGUGUGAAGAAAAACAUCCGACGCCGGCUGUCACCUCGGCCGUGGCAAGCUAGAAAGGGAAGAAUGGAAUACGUCCAUGGAUUGGUGGGUUGCCCCAACCCCGAAUGUAUCAACCAAGACUGGACGCCGUUUGAGAUUCCUGGAAGACAACCACUACGACUACGGAUGAAAGUGCACAAUCGGGACGUCCUAAGCACCAAGAAUUUCCUCUCGAUUGUGCGUUCGGUGGUGUUUGGCAAUGGCCGCAGACCAGACGCAUUCUCCCGUAACCGUAGGUAGUCUAGAUUUCACCCCAUCCCAUUUUCCGUGGGGGUUAUCUGCCAUCCACAUCAUUGUACCUCUGCCUGAGGCGUCGCCGAUGAUGGCAACUUGU